ACUUAACCAACAAACCAACCUCUGUCCAGACACAGAACACAACACGACUUCCUCAUAUCCUGUUUCUCUAUCUCCACUAAUGGAAUCAGAGACGACCAUACUACCGAGCCACCAAGACGAGACCAAGACGGAGUUCGAGAAGAAUCAGAAACGGUACCAAGACUUGAUCGCCACGUUUCCUCACGUGAAAGGCUGGUUUUCGAAAGCUCCGCUGAUCGAGUAUGGUGGUUACUGGUUCAUACAGCCUGUUCUAGAAGGUUGCCUUCACGCGCAAAACUUCUUCCAAGCACGACCCAUUGACAUCCUCGUUUGUACCUAUCCAAAGUCAGGUACCACUUGGCUCAAAGCUCUAACCUUCACCAUCGCCAAUCGAUCUCGCUUCGAAGACGAAGAUUCCUCCAACCCUCUCCUAAAACACAACCCUCACGAGCUUGUUCCUUUCAUUGAGACAGAUUUCUCUUUGUUCCCUGAAGGUGAUUCCCUCAAAGAAAAACAAAACACUCUGUUUGCGACUCAUAUCCCGCACGAUUUGUUACCCGAAUCGGUUGCAAAAUCGGGUUGUAAAAUUGUUUACAUAUGGAGAGACCCAAAGGACACGUUCAUCUCCAAGUGGGCUUUCUUUGAAAAAGAAAAGUCAGAUGUUGGCUCUCUCAACACUCUUGAGGAGUCUUUUGAUAUGUUCUGUCGAGGUGUUUCGUUGUUUGGUCCUUAUCUAGAUCAUGUAUUGGGGUAUUGGAAAGCUUACCAAGAGCAUCCAGAUAAGGUUUUGUUUCUAAAGUACGAGAUGAUGAGGGCUGAUCCUUUGCCGCAUGUGAAAAGAUUGGCUCAGUUUAUGGGUUAUGGAUUCACAGCUGAGGAAGAGGAAAAAGGUGUCGUUGAGAAAGUUGUAAAACUUUGCAGUUUCGAGACGCUGAAGAAUCUUGAUGUCAACCAAGGGGACAAAAACAGAGAGAUCAGUCCUUCGGUUUAUUAUCCGAAUAGCGCGUUUUUCAGGAAAGGAAAGGUUGGAGAUUGGCAGAGCUACCUGACGCAAGAGAUGGCAGCUCGGAUCGAUGUAUUGAUGCAAGAAAAAUUCAAGGGCUCUGGUCUGCUUGAACAUGGUAAUAUGACCGAUUAAAUCUUGUUUGGUGCAAUGAAUCAUCCUUAUCUCUUUUGAUUACACCACACGUUGUAUUAAGUUGUUGAUUAUUUGGAAGAAUAAAUCUUGUGUUGUACUUUGU